CUAGCUUACUCAUCGCAAAUCGUCAUCUCAAUCACACACUCAUAGCUCCAUCAGUCCAUCGUUCCCCGCCCUUACAAAAUGGCCAUGUGGAGAAAGAAGGAGACAGCGGUCGGAGCCAGCGGCGCCGCCCCGGCUUGCGUCGUUAUUCGCUCUGCCGGAACAGGGAAGAUCCCCAGGGGCUACAUCCCGAUGGUCCUCGUCGGCGACGAGGGAGAGGAAGAGGAGAGGGUGAUGGUUCACGUCAGGAUGCUCACGGAGCCGCACGUCUUGGAUUUGCUAGAGAUGUCCGCGCAGCAGUUUGGGUACGGCCAGCGGGGCGUCCUGAGAGUCCCAUGCGGCGUGGAGCGGUUCGAGCAGACGGUCUGUGCAGGCCACCAGCAGGAGACGCAAGAUCCUGCGUGUGCAGCAGCGCACUAGUUGAGAGGCGGUGGCCACACGGUGUUCAAACGGGUGUAUAGUCGUUGAGUUGCCUUGUGGCGACAAGAGCUUAUUUUUCAUUAUGUUAUUGGAUUUAUUCUUUCGAUCUCAUACCAUGUUUUGGUAGGUGAGUUACUGAACGUUGAGAUACUCAAGUAAGUUACUGAUUAACAUGGUCGACGAUGAUGUAACUUGACAUUUUGUUUUCAAUUGUACACCAGUGAGGCAGAAUAGUAGAUAUCAGAAAGUACAGGUUUAGACCUUGUUGUUCCUUUUUCCCUUUUCUGGCAGCUAGCCUGCUUUGUAUAGUUUUCCCUUUUCUGAAAUGAAAUCGACAGAGCCACUGUCUUGGCUCAUAAAAAAAAGAAAAACUUCAGAAGCCGUAGAGAUCGCUCUGUCCAGGUCACAAAGCAUGAAAGUAAACGACUCCCAUAUGGCCUCUAUGGCUCUACAUUUUAAAAUACGGCAGC